UAUAGUAUUAAUUAGAUCUUUACUCUUCAUAGUCAUCGAUCAAUACACAUAACAUUCCCUAAUAAGUUAAAUUAGUGGCUACGUUUGACGAAAAGCCCUCGUUUAAAAAAAAAAAAAGAGAAGAAGGAAAUCAGGAAUGAUCUGAUUCUUCGACGAAAGGGGAAGAGGUUGUUGAAUUCAAAAUCUCUCUCUCUUCUCUGUCUCUCUCGCGUGAGCUAGUUGCAGAUUUUUCCAGAUCUCAACAUUGAAAUUCAAACUCAAAGCUAGAGAGGGAGAGAGAUAGAUAGAUAGAGGGAGAAGAAGAAGACGAACACGGAGCUGAAACAAUGAUUACGAUCCCAUACCUUACCGCUGUAUCAACGUAUUUCAGCUACGGCUUGCUUUUCGCGUUUGGUCAGCUUCGCGAUUACUCUCGCCUAAUCUUCGAUUGGUGGCGCACCAACAAUCUCCAGGGAUACGCUCCGAUCUGCUUGGCGCAUGAGGAUUUCUACAUCCGACGAUUGUAUCAUCGGAUUCAGGACUGUUUUGGACGUCCCAUUUCAAGUGCACCUGAUGCUUGGAUUGAUGUGGUUGAGAGAGUCUCUGACGAUAACAACAAGACGUUAAAGCGAACUACAAAGACUAGCAGGUGCCUUAAUUUGGGUUCCUACAAUUAUCUUGGAUUUGGUUCUUUCGAUGAAUAUUGCACGCCUCGUGUCAUUGAGUCUCUGAAGAAAUUUUCAGCAAGUACAUGUAGCUCUCGCGUUGAUGCAGGAACUACAUCUGUGCAUGCAGAACUUGAGGAUUGUGUUGCUAAAUAUGUCGGACAACCUGCUGCUGUUAUUUUUGGCAUGGGUUAUGCAACAAACUCGGCUAUCAUUCCCGUCUUGAUUGGAAAGGGAGGGUUGAUAAUAAGCGAUUCUUUGAACCAUACUUCGAUUGUCAACGGCGCUCGAGGUUCAGGAGCUACUAUCCGUGUUUUCCAACACAACACACCUGGUCAUCUGGAAAAAGUAUUGAAAGAACAAAUCGCCGAGGGACAACCCAGGACGCAUAGACCGUGGAAGAAAAUUAUUGUUGUUGUUGAGGGUAUUUACAGCAUGGAAGGGGAAAUUUGUCAUCUGCCCGAGAUUGUUUCAAUAUGCAAGAAGUAUAAGGCAUAUGUUUACUUGGACGAAGCUCACAGCAUUGGAGCAAUUGGCAAGACAGGAAGAGGUGUUUGUGAACUCCUUGGAGUUGACACUUCUGAUGUGGACAUAAUGAUGGGAACUUUCACGAAAUCUUUUGGGUCUUGUGGUGGCUAUAUUGCGGGAUCAAAGGACCUCAUCCAAUAUUUGAAGCACCAAUGCCCGGCUCACCUUUACGCCACAUCAAUUUCAACUCCUUCCGCGACACAAAUCAUAUCGGCGAUAAAGGUUAUCCUUGGAGAGGAUGGUUCAAACAGAGGGGCACAAAAGUUAGCAAGAAUAAGGGAGAACAGCAACUUUUUCAGGGCUGAGUUGCAGAAGAUGGGGUUUGAAGUUCUUGGAGACAAUGAUUCACCAGUCAUGCCAAUAAUGCUUUACAAUCCAGCAAAAAUUCCAGCAUUCUCAAGGGAAUGUUUGCGAGAAAACUUGGCGGUGGUGGUCGUCGGUUUCCCAGCUACACCCCUAUUGCUAGCCAGGGCUCGUAUUUGCAUAUCCGCAUCUCACUCAAGAGAAGAUCUUAUAAAAGCCCUACAGGUUAUAAGCAAAGCAGGUGACCUUACCGGGAUCAAAUAUUUUCCGGCAGCUCCAAAAAAGCAAGAAGUAGAGAAAAAUGGCAUCAAAUUGGAUUAAACCCGUAAGGCAACAGUUUCUUUCCAAGAGAUGUUUGGCUAGCAAUUAGCUGUAGUGUACAAUUAUCUCGCUGUUCGUCUUUGUCUUGUCGUGAAACAUGUGAUUGUUGUCAUUCUUCUCUCUUUAUUAUUUUUAUUGUUUUUGUCAGAGUUAAUAAUUGUAUAGUGUCCCUCUAUAUAUUGUUGCCCCAAAAUUUUUACAGGUGUUAUCGCAGUCAUCUUUGCUCCACGAAAUUAGGGGCCCAAUUCGUUGGACCAGGUCCAGAAGUAUUUAUGAAUUGUUUUGUUUUGGUCUUCCAGACCACGAAUGUGCUAGCAGAAGAGUGGUUCUCACAGUUACCAAAUAAACUUCUAUCAUGUUGGAAUUGCAUUCACAAUUAUCCUUGAAUUUAAAAGUUUGUAUAUGCAAUUCAAGGGGACGUUCCAUAAAGAGGUUUGUGAAUACUGAUGCACUCGUUAGUCAUUUCAUGUCUUCGUCCCAGCAAACCACAUACAAGUAUUGAGUAAUUAAUAACUUAUGUCACACUCCUCUUCUGUAAAAGCUUUGUUGAUGGUACUCUGCCAUUAUUGAUCUUGCUAGGAGCAUGAGGCUAAAGCAUAUAUCCUUGGGAACCUGAGAAGUGAGACCAACCGGCUCUCGAUCCACAACUUCUUCGGUUUGUUCUGCUACGAGAUCUCAUGCUUCUUCUCAAAUUUUUGUCCAUACAUGUAACUAUUUAAAAGAUUCGAGUUCAAAUAUUUUAGAAUUUUGGAUAUGGACUAAACAUGUAACUAAAAUUAGAUUUGAAUAUAAAGGGAUUAAAAUCUUUUUCGAAAGGUUGCCGUUUUUGUCAUAUACGAAUACUAAAAAUAGUAAGGUCCAGUCAGGGGGGCCAAGACUUGAGAGUUAGAGGUAAUUUCUCUCUAAAGUAACAUCCGAGGGACCAAACUGGUAUAAACCAUCAGGUGCCUUAGUUUGGGUUCCUACAAUUAUCUUG